AAGCUCAAGCCGAUGUGGGGUCAGGGGAUUGGGGAGGGCCCAUGGGGGACGAGCUUCGAAAUGCACAGGACCACGAACUCCAGGCGGAGAUGGAGCUUCGCAGCCAACUGGAGCAGGCUGCAGAUGCUGCGGCGCAACCGCUGAGCCCCAUGAGCCCCAAGACGGCCACGGUGGUGCUCAGCCCAGACGCGCUCAGCCCGGAUGCGAGCCCCGGCGCGUUCUUGGCACCCGGUCGAAGCCACGAGCAGAGUAGCAGCCGAGUGAAGACAACUGCCGGCCUCACUCCGCGGCCGCGGCCCCAGGAGGCCAUUGAGCGUGAGGAGGAACUCAUCGAAACUCAUAGCAGGGCGGCAGAACGGAGUAGUUGGAAUCCGGAGUGGGAGACCACCGGGGAGUCGUGGAAUGCGCGCCAUCACCUGGCCUACUGCAAUGAUGAGAUGAGCCAAAACACGAGAUGCUACUUUGACCGGUGGCUGGACCAUAGGGAGCUGUUGCCGGAGGACGACUUGCAGGUCCAGAAGCCGACUUGGCGCUUGGAGCCUGAGGCGCUCAGCAAUGAGGAGCGGCAGGCCGAGAGGUACGCCGGCACGGUGUACUCUCCUACCGGCCCUGGCCUGAGGUCCAGUGGAAGCCUCCCGUGCCUGAGAACAGAGGACUUGGCCAAGGAGAGCAUCACCCGGCGGCGUGCCACGCGGGUAUCACGUGACAAGCCCUGGGUUACAAGACCCACCCGCUUCUGGGAGCUGCUGAAACAGGAGCCAUGCGAAGAAGAAAAGUCAAAGAACACCAUCAGCACCCAGACAAAUUUCCCCAAGCAUGAGGUGUCCAACAAGGAGAAGGAGCGGCAGUGGGACGGCCACCACCACGCCGUGUGGAGUAACUUCCAGAACCUGCAGGGUACCAUUUUGAACCCGGCGCCUGUGCGCUCCUACUUCGACCGGCCCAGGGAGCCCGACAUCGGCUCCCGCAGUGCAGAGAAAAAGUCAGGGAAUGCCAAGGAGGGCGUGACGCGGAUUCUGCCGCUUUGGCGACUGGAGCCCCUCCCGGACACGUCCGUGGUGGAUUUGCCCGAGGGCAACUUGUGGCCCUCGGAGCCGCCACUGGCCUCCCGCACGGGAUUCCCGGUGCUGCCACGGGACGAGGUGCUAGGUCCUCGGCACGAAGCUGCGCCAGAGUUCAACCACAAGUCCACUUGGAGCUGCCCGUCUUUGCUCACAACCUUUCUCGAUGAGGAUUUGGAGAAGCGGAAAGAGAGCUGGAAUGGAAGACACCAGCUGACUUUUCAGAACGAGGAAGUCUCCAGACUGGACCGGUCUUACUUUGACCGCUUCCGGGAGCAUGACUUGCUGCGUAAGAAAGGCUCCCCCAAGCAUGAGCCUUGCUCCGUGUGGAGCCUCGGCAAGGACACCUCCACCCAGGAUUCGGUCCAGACAAUGCUCUCCAGCAGCAACCGUCGCUUUGGCAAUGACGGCCGGUGGAUGCAUCGCCAUCAGCUGAUCUUUGACAAUGCCAGUGGAAGGUUGCCAGUGCAGAGGAACUUGCGUGCAUAUUUUGACCGCAACAGGGACUUUCCGAGUGAGGCAAGCUCCUUCUUGGAAGAAGUGCAGGAUGAGGAUGCAGCCUUCAAGCUUCUUACCAGCUCUGCCCUGCGCAAGCGCCGGCGCAAGCUUCAGGACUCAGACAAGUUGAAGGUGGACGUAUGGAGCCUUUCAGAGCCGCAAAAGAAGGCUCAUAGCAUAGAAGAUACCUUCAGAAGCUGCGACGGUGAUUCUUUGAUGGGGAAAACCGAGAAAGAGAAGCGCCGCUCAAAGUGGAUGUCGAGUCACCAUGUUGUGUUCUGAUGCUAUUCUACAUGGUGGCGUCAUGGUUGAAAUGGGUGCCUGGAUGUGGCCAUGGCUUCUGCCAAGUGACUGGACAAGCGCGCGAGAGACAAGGCAAAGCCAAUGUCUUUCGCUGCGCACGUAUCACUCUCAUUGUUUGCAGUUUGCAGUAUGCAAGCCUGCACAGGUGAGAACUUAGUAAUGCUAGAUUUGUCAGGACGAA